AUGGUGAUUGAUCCUUUUUUAAAAAAGAUUCCCAGCGGCAACAUCAUCAUUACUAACAAAAAAAAAUUGGAAAAUGUUUCUCCUUUUAUUAUUCUGAGUCUAAGAACUUUGCUAUGGGACAGUUACUUGAAAAUAUAUGUGAAUAUUUUUUUACAAAUAACUAAACGAACUUUACCACUUUGUCUUGUAUGGAAAGAAAGUAAAUUGUCAGACAAAAUGAUGCAGAACAAAGAAAAUCGAUUCUUUCAUUCUUUUAUACCAUGUUAUCCUAUGGAAGUGAAAAGUAAGAGCUUGGGUUUCAAAUUGCGAUUCGACAGGCAGAGGACGGUGGGGAGGGUUCCAUCAAGCUUCACGACUGAGAAGGGCAUGAAAGCUGACGCCAUUAAAGUGAAGGUUGUUACGUUGAAGACUUAUUCGUUAACUUCUUCAACGGAAAAUUACUAUCGAACCUGA